CCAAGGCAACCUUCCUGAAGCUGGCUGGGCCACAGUUGGUGCAGAAGUUUAUUGGCGAUGGAGCCAAGCUGGUCAGAGACGCCUUCGUCCUAGCGAAAGAGAAAGCUCCGUCCAUCAUCUUCAUCGAUGAGCUGGACGCAAUCGGCACCAAGAGGUUUGACAGUGAGAAGGCAGGAGACAGAGAGCCACAGGACCAAAUCCUCGGGCUGGCCACCCCCUUCCGGGACGUGGAAUGCUGCACAGGGACCCCCCAAUGGAUGGGACAUGGGCACCAGUAGAGAGGGGCGUGACUGUUACAUCAACCACGUGUCCCAGAGCAGCUCCUUGGAGGAGGUUCAUCUGGACGGGGACAAGUUUGUACCUCCAGCGCCCCGGAAGGUGGAGAUGAGACGAGACCCAGUCCUUGGCUUUGGCUUUGUGGCUGGCAGUGAGAAACCUGUGGUGGUCCGUUCAGUCACACCAGGGGGACCCUCGGAGGGCAGACUGAUUCCUGGAGACGAGAUCAUCAUGAUUAACGAUGAGCCGGUCAGUUCAGCACCCAGGGAGAGGGUCAUCGACCUUGUCAGGAGCUGCAAGGAGUCCAUCGUUUUGACAGUUGUGCAGCCGUACCCGUCGCCCAAAUCGGCAUUCAUCAGCGCAGCCAAGAAGGCCAAGUUAAAGUCGAAUCCAGUCAAAGUCCGCUUUGCCGAAGAGGUCAUCAUCAACGGCCAGGUUCCAGAAACAGUGAAGGACAACUCCCUCCUCUUCAUGCCAAAUGUUUUGAAGGUGUACCUGGAGAACGGGCAGACCAAAUCGUUCAAAUUUGACAGUAACACAUCAAUUAAGGAUGUCAUCUUGACCCUGCAAGAAAAGCUAUCCAUUAAGAGCAUUGAGCACUUCUCUCUUAUGCUGGAGCACAGAGCCGAGGGCUCCACCAGCAAACUCAUGCUCCUGCAUGAGCAGGAGAUGCUAACUCAGGUGACACAGAGGCCAGGGUCACACAAGAUGAAAUGCUUUUUCCGCAUCAGUUUCGUCCCAAAGGACCCGGUGGAGCUGCUCAGACGAGACGCCGUGGCGUUUGAGUACCUCUAUGUUCAGAGCUGCAAUGACGUGGUGUUGGAGAGAUUUGGGUCUGAGCUGAAAUAUGACACAGCCCUCCGUCUUGCUGCCCUGCAAAUGUAUAUCCUAACCGUCAAUACCAAGCAGUCCCAGAAAGUUUCCCUCAAGUAUAUUGAGAAGGAGUGGGGUCUGGCCUUGUUCCUGCCACCUGCUGUCUUGUCCAGCAUGAAAGAGAAGAACAUUAAAAAAGCCCUGACUCACAUCCUCAAAACCAACCAGAACCUGGUGCCGCCUGGUAAAAAGUUGACCGCCUUACAGGCGAAGGUACACUAUCUGAAGUACCUCAGUGAUUUGAGACUCUACGGAGGCCGGGUCUUUAAAUCUACGCUACUGCAAGGAGAGAAGCGUACCGAAGUGACGUUGCUGGUGGGACCUCGAUAUGGCAUCAGCCACGUGAUCAACACCAAAACCAACCUGGUGGCUCUGCUAGCCGAUUUCAGCCAUGUCAACCGCAUUGAGAUGUACACAGAAGAAGAAAAGAUAGUUCGAGUGGAGCUUCAUGUUCUGGAUGUGAAGCCCAUCACUCUGUUAAUGGAGUCUGUUGACGCGAUGAAUCUGGCCUGUCUGACGGCUGGCUACUACAGACUGCUGGUGGACUCACGGCGCUCCAUUUUCAACAUGGCCAAAAGAAACGUGGAGAAUAUGGAAACCAGUAAUGAGGCGAGAAAGCAGAACUACCAGGCCAUCGAGUGGACAUACAGUACACCCUAUAAGGCGUGCGAGAACAGAGGCAACCAGAGGUGCAGCCAAGACUUUUCUGACCAGGAGUGCGAAUACCUUAAUCACGGGAGAUGCGAAAGUGACAGUCCCCCGGAUUAUAUCACCGAAAUCCACCAACCGCAGCACACCAUGCACGUGUCAGAAAGGGCCGAGCGCUGCAGAACCCCUAACCCCCCGCCCUACCUUAGCGUCCCCAGGCCCAAACCACAAGACUCUCCCAGGAACGCCAAGGUCUCCUUCAUAUUUGGGGAUCCCCCCUUGGACAGCGUAAACCCGCAGAAUUUGGGCUACCACAGACUGAUGGACGAGGGCCCGGAGAUGUUGGACAAUCACAGCCCCGCGUACAGGCGCCUGGAGGAGGACUACAAGAUGAUGGAUACCAUCGAGGACGGGGAGGGCUACCAGUACACCUCCAAAAUCUUCGGCGCCGCCGAAUGCAUCGAGGAACCCCUGCUGCGGGACAUCUGCUACGCGGAGACGACGGACGACGCGGAGGAUGAGGACGACAUCAGCUGUGAGGAGGACAUGGUGAUGAGCGACAUUGACAAGCCCACAUUCCUCUCUCUGUCGGGGUCCAGCGACGACAUCAUCGACUUGACCUCCCUCCCUCCGCCGCCGGAGGGCAACGACGAGGAGGACAACGACGUGCUGCUGCACUCGCUUAAUCUGGCCAUCGCCGCGCCCCCGCCGGGCUUCAGGGACAGCUCGGACGAGGAGGAGCAGCAGGGGACUGGUGGUCCGCCCCAGCGGGCCCGCAGCGACAUCCCAGUGUCCCUUAUAGACUCGGUGCCCACCCAGGGAGCGGAGGGCGCGGGGGAGCCCCUCGACGACGCGGUGGUGUCCACCUUACAGGCGCUCGAGGCCCUCGCCGCAUCCGAGGAACAGAGUCCCGGGCAGUCGGAGAGUAGCACAGGUGUAGAAAUAUCACGAGCGUUUAGUCCCGAGUCCUCCUCAGAUUCCGGCAACGAGACGAACUCGUCUGAGAUGACGGAGAGCUCGGAGCUGGCCACAGCUCAGAGGCAGUCCGAGAACCACCUGAGAGUGCAUGUGGCCACGCCCGAAGGGUACCACACUCUGAAUGAGGAAAAGACGGACUUCAUCACGCCCAGCGAGGCCAGCGCAGGGGCCACGCAGUGCAGCCCCGAGGAGCCUCGGGAGGAGGAGGGGGCCAAAUCCUCCGCCGUCUCCUCCUCCCAAAUCCUCCACUCUGACGGCGGCGAGAUGGAGCCGGAGACAAUGGAAACCAAAUCCCUCACCGAAUACUUCACCAGGAUGCACAUGGGCUCCGUAAUGAGCAGGCAGACAGGCAGGCAGAGGGAGGGCGAGGGCAGGCUGCAGGGAGACCCCUGCGAAUCCUCUGAUAGAUCCCACGGGAAUUUGCCAGACCCUAAUAAAGACGAGCCUCCCCACCUGGUAGGGAGGUACAACGCGUUCACCGUGAGAGAUUCCCAUUACAUGAACCAGCUUGAUUUGGGGCGAACUCACUUCCGAGAGAGGCACCAGAAAUGGCAGCGAGCGUCUGGAAACAAAAUGGCAGAAAACCUCCCCCCGGACUGCAUGAGUGACUCACACCCUUCCCACGCAGACAGGUUAACAAUAAAGGGAGAGAGGCAGGACUCGGAUGAGAGAAGUCAGCAGUUCCACGCCCAUCUUUGCUCCCCGUCCAAGGUCUCCCGUGCGGCAGACGACGUCGGCUCGAUGAGUAACGAGCAGCAGCAAAUCAAGAUCCCCCCGUCGUCCGAGCAGGACGUCGCCCGCCUUUACGAGUACCACCUGAGCAAGCGCGUGUCGGCGAUGCAGGGCGAGGGCACCCACUCUCUCCAGAGCUCCCAGUGCUCCUCCAUAGACGCGGGCUGCAGCACAGGGAGCAGCAGCUGCGUCACUCCCAUGGAUUCCCCCCUUUGCACUGCAGAAAAUAUGCAUGUACUGUCAGACUCCUCUCUUAAAGGCCUGGGCUAUGUAGCUGCAGAGGAGAAGGCCUACGCCGCCCCAGGCCAGGGGAAGGCCUGCCAUCCCAUGGACCCCACCCUGCUGAGAAAAAUCCACGCAGCCACCAGUGCUGAGCCCGGGUUCGGGACCAUGCGGGACGGCAGCCACCGGGUGCCCAAGAUAAAGGAAACCACAGCUUGCACACAGCUGAGGAAGGCUUGGGGAGAAGACUCAUCCUCAGCUCUCUCUAACAAGACCAACACUGCUGCUGCUGCCGCCACCGCCACCACCAUCACGUCACCACCAUCAUCGAUGAGUAGCACAGAGCCCCAUGGACAGAUACAGGGCUGCCCCGAGUCUCACCCACAUGCCCUGGCUUCCCCCUCCAGCAUACCUUCACGCGACCCAACCACUACAGGUGCCCUCAGGGAGCCACGCAGGGUUCGGAUCCUGAGAAGGAACUGGAGCACCGUAACGCCGCGGUCGAGGAGCUUUGAAGCGCUGUUAGAAAAGACCAAAGCCACACUUACAUGGAGGAGCGGUGUGCAGAAUGCCCAGUUUCCAGAUCCCCCAAAGACACAGAGGAGAUUCUCCUCCAGAACAUCGCCCAAAAGCUGGUCCCAGAGCUCAGUUGCCUCCCACUCCUCUGGCCGGAGGCUCUUCAGAGGCGCAUCCAUGUUUUUGCCAGUGUCAGCAGUGCCGAGGCUGGACUUGGGUUCCUGGAGGUGCCAUGGGCCAUUCAGCCACUGUUUCCAAAGGAGAAAGGUGAGCACCGCGGGUGAUGAAAAGGGAGAGAAACCCUCACAUUGCACAGGUUCCAAGCAACGGCAAGUUUCGCCCACCCUUGGUGGCGAGGGAAAGGAUGCAGACUUGAGAUCAGAUUGUCAUGCUGAGCAUUUCAGCAUGGCCGCCACUAUGGAUGAAAUGAACCUCAACACCAGAUUAGCUCGUGUGAACUCAAUGAAAGGGAAAACGUACAGCCUCCCCGCGGGAUUUGUGGCCGCCCGGAAGGACGCCUUAGAGAUUAUCAGCUUGGUCCGCUCAAGCGUGGGGCAGUUGUCCAAAGGCCAGAGGCCAGAGGUCAGCGAGGCAGACCAGCGGAGUUUCUCCCAGAUGCUGUCCUUGCAGGCUAAAGCGCUGGCUAGCAGCUGCGGUCAGAUGGCGUGGGAGCACAGGCAUCCCGAGGAGCUGCUGCUUACUCUGACGCACAGCUUCCAUACGCUGUGCUGUCUAACGGAAGCCUGCAUGUCUCUGGUUGAAGGCCUGGGCGGUGAGGCCCAACGCCGGGAGGUGGUCGCCAAGGUGGACGAGGUCGUCACGAACUACGUGUGUCUGCUGAAAGCUGCUGAGGUGGCUUCGGGAAGCUCCUCCAACGACCAAAGUGUGAACGCAUUGACACAUCACUCUGCCACCAUGUCUGCUAUUAUCAACACACUAACUCACUCACUGAAAACACUCCACAACUAA